CUAUGAAAAUAAGGAGGGAAGUUAAUGUUACAUAGCCAAAUCUGAAGGGAGUCUCUGAAUUUAUCCUUCCUAUUUCUCUUCUUCAACCCAGCCGUCUCUUGAUUGUUAGUUGGCAAAACUCAAUUUGUUGUUGUGUUUGGAGCUCAAAUUGGGGUUACAGUACUGAAUUUGGAAGAUUUGUGUGGUGGAAUAUCAAACAAGAAAGGAUAGGAAACUUAAAUGUUGGCGAGAGGCAGAAAAGUUGCUGGGAAAGGGGAGACAGUGGGUGCACAUUAUGCUUUUGGCCCUCUUGAAGAUGAUUUAAUUAUUAAGCAUAGACUUCUCACUCGCACAACAACCACUAGAGGUGAACCGCCGCUGAAGAAACUUCAGAAAAAGUUUACCGCUUUUGCUUCAGAGGUAGAGAAGGAAGCUGAUAACUAUGGUGAUUGUGAAAGACUUGCCAAAGCUUUCUUGCAAGAGCUAAAUACAUUUGAGAUUCCUCUCCUAAAGAGCAAAGCAGUCAUAGAUGCAAACCUUAGAGAGAAAGAGAACUUUAAUGACCUAAAAGAUGAGAUAAAUGGGCAAAUUUUACAAGCUCAGGCUGAUAUAGAAGAUCUCAAGAGGCAACUUGAAGAAAGCAAGAUAGAGAGACAGCACAAAGAAGAGUGUGAGGCCAUCAGGAAGUUGGUUGCUAUGCAGCCUCCAAGAUCUGAAACUCAGAAGGUUAUUUCAGAGCUUGAGAAAGAGAUAGCAAAGUUGGGGGCAGAGAAUACUGCUAGUUCAAGAACACUGGAGCUUCGUAAAAAGCAAUUUGCGCUUCUAUUACACGUGGUUGAUGAGUUGCAGAACACGAUAGAGGAAGAACAGAGGAGCUUGGUGGAAGAGUUGAGGAAUGCAGUUGAUGAUCAUGAUAAGAGUGGCGGUCCUGAAGCAAUGGCUGUCGAUUAGCAAGUGAUUGCACCUAGACUCUUAGGCAUAUUAAGGACAAGCCUUUCCCAGACGACAAAUACCUCCUACCAAUUGUUGUAUUUUAGUAUUUGGCACCCUUUGGCGAGCCCCUGGAUUUUCCUAGGAAUAGCGUACUACAACAACCCCCCCCCCCCCCCACCCCCCUGGGUGUCAAAGAGCAUUCUUUUUCUUAUAUUAUUUUGACAAUGUAAUAGCUUUUCAUUAUGCUAUUGAGCGAUGGGACUUGAAUAGUUUCUGGUGUAGAAAUUUUCAAUAUGACAAGUCUUUUAUUGUGCCAUCUUGAGUUUGACAUGCACAAAUUGGCGUGGCUAGAAUGAAAAUGGAGUAAAUACUGAUGGAAUUGCAUCUGACUUUCUUUAUUAUUGAUGGACCAUUCUGUUUUUUUGA